CCUUCAUUUUUUCACCCUCAAAAAGUUUUCAACCGUCUUCCAAAAGUAUGUUACCUUCUUCUCUCUCAUCCUGUUUGAGAACCCUGUGAGUGUGAACUUUACUCAAUCACUGACACCCUUUGCUGAAAAGAUACAAACUUUUGGUUCAUGUAACCCCUUAAAACAGUCUUUUCCUUUCCACCCCACAAUCUCCUUGCCAUUGGUCUCUCCACAGUAGUACCACUUCUGUUGGUCUUGGUUUGAACUUGGAAGUUUCCAAUUUUGAACCAAUAAUGGUGGUGAAGAUGAUGAGUUGGCCUCCAUGGCCACCUCUCUCAUCUAAGAAAUUUGAAGUAGUUUUCAUAGUGCGCAGGCUUGAAGGGUCAACAAGUAUGGAGAAAGCUGAGGAGGUGAAGUCCAAGGUGGUUGAAAUUAAGUGGAAGGGUCUGAAAGGUGUGGCUUUGAGCUCAUUGAGGCGUUCCAUCAAGAGAAAUUUCACCAGAGAAGAAGGUCUUAAUGAUGCAGGAGUAGUUGAAUGGAAUCAGGAAUUUAGAAAUGUGUGCAACUUUACUAGGUAUAAGGAGAACGUGUUUUAUCCAUGGGAAGUUAUGCUAACAGUCUCCAGUGUAUCUAAGCAAGGGCCAAAAACCAGAGCUUCUGUAGCUGGUGUUACAUCAAUAAACUUAGCUGAAUACGUUCCUGCAGCUGUAGAUAAAGAGAUUGAAAUUGUAGUUCCUUUGAAUGUCCCUGGCACCAAUGAUAUUACUAAUCUCUCACUUUUUUUGUCUCUUAGUUUACUGAAACUGGAGGCCCUUCAAGAAUAUUUGGAUGCAGUGCAAAGAUCAACUAUGUGUGUUCCUUCAUCACCCAGUUCUGUUGAUGCUCUCGCAAUAAAUAAAGAUGAGUUUACCACACUUAAAGCGGGUCUGAGAAGAGUAAAAUUCUUUGCUGAUUAUGUAUCAACUGGAAGAGCCAAGAAGGCAAGCUCCAAAGAUGAAGGAAGUGAUGGUAGGAGCUCCAACAGAAGUGAAGAUUUUGAAAAUAGGUAUACAUCGGACGUGGAUUCACUGGAUAAUGAUGCUGCAAUUAAGUCAGAGGUGAAUGAGGAGGAUUCUUGUGUGAGACAUUCAUUGAGUUAUGAGACUCUGGCCUCUGGAAACUAUGCAGGAGGAUCACCAUAUUCAGGUUCAACUAUUAAUGGUAAAGAUGAGUGCUGGAUCUACUAUAGUAGCCAAAAGUCUGAUUAUGGGGGUGCACAUGUUGAGAAUUAUAAUACAUGUGAUCAGAUGGAGCAUCAGAAUUCAAAACACCGAAUCCUUUCUUGGAGGAAAAGGAAACUUCACUUUAGAUCUUCCAAGGUGAAAGGGGAGCUACUUCUGAAAAAACACGGAGAAGAGGGUGGAGAUGAUAUUGACUAUGAUCGUAGGCUGCUGAGCUCUUCUGAUGAUUACACUAGUGGAAAGUGGCAUAAAAUAGAAAAUAUCACAACUAGUCCAUCAUUUGUUCCUGAAUUUGAGGAGAACAGUUUCACUGUAGGGAGUUGGGAGCAAAAAGAAGUCAUUAGCCGCGAUGGACAGAUGAAGCUCCAUACCCAAAUCUUUUUUGCUUCAAUUGAUCAAAGGAGUGAAUGCGCUGCCGGGGAGAGUGCAUGUGCUGUCCUAGUUGCUCUCAUUGCAGAUUGGUUGAAAGCAAACCAAGUUGUGAUGCCUAUCAAGUGUGAAUUUGAUAGCCUGAUUAGAGAUGGAUCAUCAGAAUGGAGAACUCUUUGUGAGAACAAGGACUUCAUAAAGAAGUUUCCAGAUAAACACUUUGAUCUUGAAACUGUUCUGCAAGCGAAAAUCUGUGCAGUAUCUGUAGUGUCAGAAAAAUCCUUUGUUGGAUUUUUCAUUCCAGAGGAACCUGAGGGUGAAGGUUUUGACUUCCUUCAUGGUGCAAUGUCCUUUGAUAGCAUAUGGGAGGAAAUAAGCCAUUCUGCUUCAGAACUUCACAUGUUUAGGGAGCCUUUGGUGUACAUAGUAAGUUGGAAUGACCAUUUUUUUGUCCUAAAGGUUGAGAAAGAUGCCUACUACAUUAUUGACACUUUGGGGGAGAGACUACAUGAAGGAUGCAAUCAGGCCUACAUCUUGAAGUUUGAUACAAGCACAAAAGUUGAGAAACUGAGUAAGAAGGGAAAUAAAACAGUGGAGGUAAAUGGUUCACAAGAAAAUGUAGUUGAUAAAUCUUUCAUAAUCACCCCAAAUGAAAGCAAUGAUAGAAGGGAAGGGAUCAUAUGUAGUGGCAAGGAGUCAUGCAAAGAGUACAUAAAGAAAUUCUUGGCUGCAAUUCCUAUAAGAGAGCUUCAAGUUGAUGUCAAGAAAGGCUUGAAAGCAUCCAUGCCACUUCAUCAUAGACUACAAAUUGAGUUCCAUUACACACACCUCAAGUAACCCAUGAUUAUGCAAGAUGCAAUAAUAGCUGAUUUGCCAACAAUGUGGUGGUGUUUGCAGUUGCUUCAACGCAAUUAUAGGGACUCUCUAAUUGAUAACUCAUGUUUUCCUCUUCUGAGUUUGUUUUAAACGAUUAACUUGUAUUAGAAACAUAUUUGAAUUGCUUAACCUGAGCUGAAGAUUCAAUUUUUUAGAAUUUUCGUGGCCUGGUUUUCUAAAUAAUAAUGUUCUUGAUUAUGUUAAGACUUUUGGGAUCUUAACACUGGUUGUCUAACAGAAGCACAUUAUAUGUA